CAGUCUGACUUGCACGGAUCAAAGCAAAGCAAAGCAAAGCAAAGCCUGCCCAUACUGUGGAUCACGUUAGACAACUGACAACAUCACAAGAGUUCUGCAAAAAAACUAUGGGCAGGAGCAGUCUGCCGCUGAUGAAUUUAACCUGUUUCAAAACUGGAUUGCAUUAAUGCGCAUGGACUGUUGUUCAUUAAACGGUCACUUGUGAAAAAGGAAAAGCAGAAUACGCCUUUACAACAGGAAUAAUACACAAAGAAAGAGUAAGAAAACUUUUUAAGAAUGGGGAGCAAAAGCCACCGGUACCACUGGCAGAGCCACAAUGUCAAGCACAGCGGCGUGGAUGACAUGGUCCUGCUUUCCAAGAUCACAGAGGACUCGAUUGUGGAAAACCUGAAGAAACGCUACAUGGACGAUUACAUCUUUACAUACAUCGGGCCUGUGCUCAUCUCCGUGAACCCUUUCAAACAGAUGCCUUACUUUGGAGAAAAAGAAGUGGAAAUGUACCAGGGAGCGGCCCCGUAUGAGAAUCCUCCUCACAUCUAUGCACUAGCGGACAACAUGUACAGAAACAUGAUAAUUGACAGAGAAAACCAGUGUGUCAUCAUCAGCGGUGAAAGCGGGGCUGGAAAGACUGUGGCUGCCAAGUAUAUCAUGAGCUACAUCUCCAGAGUUUCAGGUGGUGGGCCCAAAGUUCAGCAUGUGAAGGACAUUAUUCUCCAGUCUAACCCUUUGCUGGAGGCCUUCGGCAAUGCAAAGACAGUGAGAAACAACAACUCUAGCAGAUUUGGAAAGUACUUUGAAAUCCAGUUCAGCCCAGGAGGAGAGCCAGAUGGUGGUAAAAUCUCCAACUUCCUGUUGGAAAAAUCCAGAGUUGUUAUGAGGAAUCCUGGUGAGCGCAGCUUCCAUAUAUUUUACCAGUUAAUUGAAGGGGCCAGUGCUGAACAGAAAAGCAGUCUUGGAAUCACCAGCUUGGAUUACUACUAUUACCUCAAUCAGUCUGGGUCCUACACGGUCGACGACAUUAACGACAAGAGUGACUUCCACGAGACUCUGCAUGCCAUGAAUGUGAUCGGGAUCUUUGCUGAGGAGCGGGCGCUGGUCUUGCAGAUCGUGGCUGGGGUCCUGCACCUGGGGAACAUCAGCUUCAAAGAGGCUGGCAACUAUGCAGCUGUGGAGAGCGAAGAGUUCCUGGCUUUCCCUGCCUUCCUGCUGGGAAUCGACCAGAGCAGGCUGAAGGAGAAGCUGACCAGCAGGAAGAUGGACGGCAAGUGGGGUGGGAAGUCGGAGACCAUCAACGUGACUCUUAAUGUGGAGCAGGCCUGUUACACCAGGGACGCCUUGUCCAAAGCUCUCCACUCUCGAGUCUUCGACUACCUGGUCGACUCCAUAAACAAAGCGAUGGAGAAGGACCAUGAAGAGUAUAACACAGGGGUGUUGGAUAUUUAUGGGUUUGAGAUUUUCCAGAAAAAUGGCUUUGAACAGUUUUGCAUCAACUUUGUGAAUGAAAAACUCCAACAGAUUUUCAUUGAGCUCACACUGAAAGCUGAACAGGAAGAAUACGUCCAGGAAGGCAUUAGAUGGACUUCAAUAGAUUACUUCAACAACAAAAUUGUGUGCGACCUGAUAGAAAGCAAAGUCAACCCCCCUGGUAUUAUGAGCAUCUUGGAUGACGUCUGUGCCACCAUGCACGCCGUGGGAGAGGGAGCGGACCAGACACUGCUGCAGAAACUGCGCAUGGCGAUCGGGACUCACGAGCACUUCAACAGCUGGAACCAGGGAUUCAUCAUUCACCACUAUGCAGGCAAGGUCUCGUACGAUGUGGAGGGAUUCUGUGAAAGAAAUCGUGACGUCCUGUUCUCUGACCUCAUAGAGCUCAUGCAAAGCAGUGAAAUACCUUUCAUUCGGGCCUUGUUUUCGGAAAACCUGCAAGCAGAGAAGAAAGGGCGCCCAACCACCGCAGGCAGCAAAAUCAAGAAACAAGCCAACGACCUUGUGAGUACUUUGAUGAAAUGCACCCCUCAUUACAUCCGCUGUAUCAAACCCAAUGAAACCAAGAGGCCAAAAGACUGGGAGGAGAGCAGAGUGAAGCAUCAAGUGGAGUAUUUGGGCCUGAAAGAAAACAUCAGAGUGCGAAGAGCUGGCUAUGCCUACAGACGAAUCUUCAGGAAAUUUUUAAACAGGUAUGCUAUUCUCACCAAAGAAUCGUGGCCGACGUGGAGAGGGGAUGAGAAGCAGGGGGUCAUGCACCUGCUCCGCUCUGUCAACAUGGACGCAGACCAGUUCCAGCUGGGCCGAACCAAAGUGUUCAUCAAGGCCCCCGAGUCGCUGUUUUUGCUUGAAGAGACGAGGGAGAGGAAAUACGAUGGCUACGCUCGAGCGAUCCAGAAAGCUUGGAGGAAAUACACAGCGAGAAAGAAAUACGUGCAAAUGAGAGAAGAAGCCUCCGAUUUGCUGCUGAAUCGUAAGGAGAGACGGAGACACAGCAUCAACAGGAACUUCGUCGGUGAUUACAUUGGGAUCGAUGACAGGCCAGAGCUCCGUCAGUUCCUGGCCAAGAGGGAGAAGAUUGACUUCGCUGACAAAGUCACAAAAUACGACCGCAGGUUCAAGGAUAUAAAGAGAGACCUUAUCCUGACUCCCAAGAGUGUUUACCUUAUCGGCCGAGAGAAGGUCAAACAGGGUCCUGACAAAGGCCUAGUGAUGGAGGUGCUGAAAAGGAGGAUUGAAGUGGAGAAGAUCCUGGCAGUGUCUCUCAGCUCCUUACAGGAUGACUUCUUAAUCCUCCAUGAGCAAGAAUACGACAGCCUGCUGGACUGCACGUUCAAAACUGAGUUCAUCAGCCUUUUGGCCAAGAGAUUUGAGGAGAGGACCCAAAGGAAGCUACCUCUGAAGUUCAGCAAUACACUUGAAUUGAAGUUGAAGAAGGAGAACUGGGGUCCCUGGAGUGCUGGAGGCUCCCGACAGGUCCAGUUCAGCCUGGGUCAGGGAGACUUGGCGCUACUCAAGCCCACCAGCAAAACACUGCAGGUCAGCAUUGGACCCGGACUGCCAAAGAACACACGCCCUUCCAGAAAGAGCUUAACACAGAGCAGAGGCGUUUCAAGAAAGCAGCAAAACUUCCCUGCCCGAGCCGCCCCAGCACCCCCAGGUAACACAAAGGCAGGUUUCCAUCAGAAUGGAGUGCUGCAGUCCGUAUAUAACAACACCCACCAUCGGCCGGCCCCUGGAAACCACCGAACCAAUCAGCAGAGAACCUCUUCCGGCACGAUGGAGAGACCCGCCCUGCCACAGCCAAUCAGCCUCGCCAAAGAGAGGAACAACCGGCACCAGCCCAACCUGGACUUCCUGCGGGUACCAGACCAGGGAGCAGCAGGUAUCCGAGCUGGACAGGCAACGUCAAAUGGAGGAAUCGCUCACAGGCAGAUGACUAGCCGCCCCACCCCUGGCGGCGGCAGACCCAAGCCCCUGCCCAAACCAAAGCCCCAGGUGCCCCAGUGCAAAGCGCUGUAUGCCUACGAUGCUCAAGACACAGACGAGCUCAGCUUCAAUGCAGAGGACAUCAUAGAAAUCAUAAAAGAAGAUGCCUCAGGAUGGUGGAUGGGGAGACUACGAGGAAAACAGGGGUUAUUCCCCAAUAACUACGUUACGAAAAUAUAGUGCUGUUUUAGACUCAAACCAAAAGAAGGAAUGCCAGCCGUCUAAACCAAAAAGAAAGCGGGCUUGUGAGAUAUCCGUUUUACCUGCGCAAAGCAAGCGGUUCUUGAAAACUGUUCUAACAGAAAACUACGACUCACAUGCUGAUUUUUGAGGACAGUACAGUUCCAUGAGAUGAGCAAGAUGGGCAAUUCCCUCUUGGAGUUAGGUUAGCUACACCCCUGUUGUGAGCACUGAACAAAACUAUUUAUUGUAUUUAUAGCUUUUUUUUUUUCUUUUGUUUCCUUGCAAAUAUAACGAAGGUAACAAGUUAUUUUCUUGAAAUAUCUGGGACCAUGAUUUGAAGGUUCUUUUUGGCAUCUUUAUAUUAUCUGUACCUAUUAUUCCUAUCCAGAUCUGUUGACAAAAACGAUUGAAUAUAUUUGCUGCUAUACUUGAAAUAAUAAAUAGUAUUGCCAACCCAAAGUGAAUACUUGGUAUUUAUGCUACCAAGCUCUAACCAUGACAUUGAUAGUUUUACUGUAGGUCUUGUAGAAAACGGAAGUCCUGCAGCAGCUGUCUUCACUGUAAUGAUGUUCAAGUUAUGUACUCUAUUUUCCUUGAACACAGUGGAAUGGGGACCUAUGGUUAUAAACUUAAUGCAUUUUUUCCUGCAUCAUUAGUGUAUCGAAUUGUAUUUAUUAUGUUACAAUAGGAAGAAAAACUUAAGGACCAAUAUAUUAUGCAGACCAUUCUUUUGGUGAAUGACAUUCUCUUUAUUCCAUCAACCGAGUCUAUCAAACAUUCAAGAACACUUUUCUGCAUGAGGAGACACUACAGCUGUUUUUUACCACCAUUAUACUUUACUAUGGAUCUCCUGUUGACUGUGGCGCAAAACUCCCUUUUGAAGACUAGGGUUGCACUGCUGAACACCCCUUGAUAAACGUGUGUCUAAGUGAACUUGUAGUCUGGUUAGAGAUCUUUGUCCUAAAGGCUUCAGUGCAAUCAACUGGAGAUGGAGCUUGACAACCUCACCAAGUGUGUGGAGGAAUGAGACACUGAAAAACCCUGGAAAGAUCGCCGAAGCACUUUAUCAUCGCCUCUCCCAAUGGGGCCAGAAUAUACCUUUUCCUUUUCCAUACUUGUAUGUGUUAACUUUGUCCCUUUGACACUUGAAACUGCUUCAGGAAAGACUCCUGCAAUGUAACAGCAACUAGCUUUUUCAAAUGUCAUCGUUCUGGAUGUGUUUCUUGAGCCACCAACAGUUUCAAUCACAGCUAACUAUUAAUGUUUUGUUUUUUUCAAGGGGAAAAUGCUUUCAGAUCUUUAGUUAAGUCGCUUGGGAAUUGAAUGCAAGCAAAACCCAUUGUGGAGGAUUCCUGAAGAACACAGCCUUUGCAUUAAAAUCUAGAGUUGAGUCUCUCUAAAUGUUUUCAACAUAUAUAAGUUCCUGCCAAGAACAAUAAAGUGACUCCAGUCUGUAAAUCCUGUGUUAGAGAUGCACAAGACGGAACUUAAGGGGUUAAUGGAACAAGCAGACUUCUUUUCAUGGCUUACUGCAAAAUACGGUUUAGCAACAUGAUGAUGAUGAUGAGUUCCCAAGACAAUGCCUCCUGCUGUUUAUAACUCCAACAUGAAGACAACAUAGAGGUGCUGCUCAGAAUACAAGUGCCUUUUUCAUUGAUAAUACUUUAAUAUGGCUGGUCCAUAUUUUCUAAAUCUGAUGUGUAAGAAGCCAUUUGUCGCUUUUGCUUGUACAUUAUAAAAGAUGAUCCUUUAUAAAAAUGUUAAACGCUAGAAAUGUAUAUGAAUGUAUGUAGUACUCAAUUGCACUUAUUCUCUCUAGUUUUAGUUUGUUUCUGUUGGUAGAAUAAAACCUGGUACUCAGUAGGCGCUAUUCCAUAAAGCAGUAAAAACUUGUUAUAUAGAUAUACAAUUUGGUAGGUGUGUUGACAAUGACAUCAUAAAUAAAUGCAUCAAAUUA